UACUCUCUCGAUCUACAUCAACGAUUCUCUUCUCUCUUUUUUUGGUCAACCGGCUUUAGAUGUUUUCGCUCGAGUGGGAUCUUGGCCCAGUGAAUAUCGCCUAUUCUCCUCUCUUCUUAUCCAACUCCUCAACUACCAGGUACAAUAGCUUAAUCUUUAUUUCAAUUUCAUUAAUUUGCUUGAUUUCCUUCUGAGUGUAGAGGAUAUUCAAACAUUAAAAAGUUUUAAUCUUGCACAAAAAAAGCCAUUGUUCUUGAUGUAUAAAGUUGACCAGUUCAAUAAAAUCUUAUGUGUAAGAGCCCAAAUCUAGAUAUGUUCACAUUUUUUCAUCGAAGCGGCAUAAUUUGCAGCAAUAAAGUAUGCCUAGAUGAUUUUGAAAAUUCGUCAGUCUCAGUACUUUUCAAAUUCAAAACUAAUAUUUCUGUUUUUUUUUUAAUAUUCUAGAUCAUAUAUUUUCAGUCGUGGUACUUACUUGUAGAUCAAUCUAUAUAUAGCUCUGUUAUCAAUUUACCGAUUUUGUAAUCGAAAAGAGUCGGGUUUGAUUUUCAAAUCAAGUAUGCGCUGACUGAUUGUAGUCCGUUAGAAGAAAUUUGAAGGCUUUAAGAUUGUUUAAAUGAAGAAUUUUGCUUCCAUCAUGUUGUCAUCAAGCUAUAAAAACAAACUGUUCAUUCUUGUGCUACUUUAACGGGUUGUUGAUCUUUUUGACCUACAAACCAUGGGCAAACAGCAGGAGUUGUUCUUGUGUAGAGGAUAUUAGUAUUGAGAUUGAGAAUGUUUUAUCUGCUAAGUAAUUUCAUAGAAAUUUAAUUAAAUUAUGGAUAUUUAAACAAUUUGGGUUAACAACUCUGUUUUCGGUCUUAGAACUUAUUUGAAAUUAUGGAUUUUAUAAACAAGUUGUGUGGAAAACUUUGAUAAUUGGAAAAUUUGAAUAAGGGCAAUCUCGUAAUUUUCACAUCUUGUUUUGUUCUGUUCAAACCUAAUCAAACCCAUUUACACAUCAUGUUCACCUUAUCCGUGCUAGAUCCAUUCCCUUGUGGCAAUUCAUUUCAUUCAGGUAUACCUUCAAUGGCGUCUUCUCCAAGUUCAUCAAUUCACAAGAGCUUUAAGUAUGAUGUGUUUUUGAGUUUCAGAGGUGAAGACACUCGUACAAACUUCGUAGAUCAUCUGUAUCAUGCUCUUCAGCAGAAAAGCAUUCACACUUAUAAAGACAACGAAAAAAUCAAAAAAGGAAAAAAGAUUAGUGAUGAGCUCAUCGGAUCCAUUGAAGACUCAAAAUUCUACAUCAUUGUUUUCUCCAAGAACUAUGCAUCUUCAUCUUGGUGUUUGGAUGAACUUGUGAAGAUAAUGGAAUGUCAUAGAACAACCGAGCAUACUGCCUACCCUGUUUUCUAUGAUGUGGAACCUUCUGAAGUCCGCAAACAAAGUCGGGCAAUUAAAGAAGCCUUUGCAGAACAUGAAAAGGAAGAGGCUGCUGGGAAAUGGAGAGAGGCUUUAAAAGAAGCAUCAGAUCUGGCUGGAUGGGAGUUGAAGAAUACUGCUAAUGGGCAUGAAGUUGAAUUCAUCCAAAAAAUUGUUGAAGAACUUUUGCUAGAGCUACGUUCCAUUAGUUUCAACAUUGAUGAAAAAUUUGUAGGAAUGGAGACCCGGAUCAAGGAUGUUAUAUCAUCUUUAGGAACUGGUUUUAAUGAUGUCCGCAUGAUUGGGAUCAAGGGGAUGGGAGGUGGUGGGAAGACAACUUUGGCCAGAGCUGUUUUUGAUCAAAUAUCCUUUCAGUUCGAAGGUAAAAGCUUCGUGGAGAAUGUGAGGGAAGCUUCAAAUGCUUCUUUGUUCGGUUUGAAGUCGUUGCAAAAUCAAAUCCUUUCAGAUGUGACAAAUGAUAGAGGCGUCAACAUUAGUAAUGUUUAUGAAGGGGUACACAUAAUGAAGAGGACGAUGCGUGAUAGGAAGGUUCUUGUUGUUCUAGAUGAUGUGGAUCAUAUAGACCAGCUUGAGGCGUUAGCUGGUGAGCUUAAUUGGUUUAAGCCUGGAAGUAGAAUUAUCAUUACAACAAGAGAUGAGCAAGUGUUGGUAGCACACAGAGUCAAGUUUAUUCGCGAUGUCACUCUGUUAUCGGAUAAAGAAGCACUUUGCCUCUUCAGUAGGCAUGCGUUCGGGAGAGAUUUUCCAAUUCAAGGGUUCGAAGAGCUGUCUGGACAAGUUGUACGUUAUGCUGCUGGUCUUCCUUUGACAAUCAAAGUUCUGGGCUCGUUUCUUUGUGGUAAAAAUGAGCCUGAAUGGGUAGAUGCCCUAAAAAGACUAAAAAAGAUUCCAUUAGCAGAAACUAUGAAGAAAUUAGAAUUAAGCUAUAUUGGUCUAGAGGAGGAUUACAAGGAAAUAUUCCUAGAUGUUGCAUGCAUCUUGAAAGGUUGGCAGAAAGACAAUGCAAUCAAAGCGCUUGAAAGUUGUGGAUUUCAUGCUAGAAAUGGUUUAAAAGUUCUUGAGCAAAAAUCUCUCAUAACUAUUGAUGGUCAUUCUAAUUAUAAAUGGGUGAACAUGCAUGACCAUAUUGAAGAAUUGGGCAGGAAUAUUGUUCGUCGGCUGCACCCAGAUAAACCUCACAAACAUAGCCGAUUGUGGAUUAACGAAGAAGUUGAAGAUAUAUUGGCUAACGAUUUGGGUACUAAAGCAACAAGAUGUCUACAAUUUUACACAGAGAAACUCAAUCCACAUACUGUUAUAAAAGGUCUUGGAAAGAUGAAGGAGCUUAGACUUCUUUCUGUGGUUCUUGGAGAUUGUUUCCGUAAUUUGGAAUUUAAUAUAGUUAGCCCAGACUUUCCAGAUGCUUUACGAUAUCUCCGUUUGAACUAUUACCCUUACAAGUCUUUGCCCAAAACUUUUCAAGCAAAUAAUCUUGUUGCAAUUGAGAUGGAUGUCAGCAAAAUCGAACAACUUUGGGAAGGGGGAGAAAAAAAGGUUCUUAACAAGCUCAGAUUCCUUGACCUUAAUCGUUCAAUGUUGAGUACCCUUGACCUCGGGCUUACUCCAAAUCUUGAGAAGUUGAAUCUUGGAGAAUGUUCCAAUUUGGUAGAACUUCAUAUCCCCAUUGGAUGUUUAAAGCUCAUAUCUAUCAACCUUAGAAAUGCAAGGUUGAAGACCCUUGACCUUCGUUUGGCUCCAAAUCUUGAAAAGUUGAUUCUUGUUGAAUGCAAUGAUUUGGAAGAACUCCACAUGCCCCAUAGAUGUCUAAAUCUUGAAUACCUACUACUCUCUAAUUCAAAGUUGAGGACCCUUGACAUUGGGUUGACUCCGAAUCUCAAGUAUUUGGAUCUUAAAAACAGUUAUUAUUUGGAAGAACUUCACCUGGCCGAUCAAUGUCAAAAGCUCACAAACCUCGACAUUAGUCAUUCAAAGUUGAGGAGCCUUGACCUUAGGUUGACUCCAAAUCUCAAUGGGUUAGAUCUAAGUUAUUGUUGUAAAUUGGUAGACCUUCACACCCCCAUUGGAUGUCUAAAAAAGCUUGUCUACGUAGGCUUAAAUGGUUGUUUGAGGUUUAAAUCUUUUUUGUUUAACAUGAAGGAUUGUACUUGUUGUAGUGUGGAUGAAUCACUUGAGGUUGGUCUUUUAUCUGAGUUGCAUCUGAUUGUGGAGUCCCUAGAAAGAUGUCCAUUUCACCUGUAAAUACAUGCCAAAGUUUCUGUUUAUAUGUUUUUGUAAAGUAGAUCGACACUCAUUGACUAGAA